AGUCUUCUGAGCAAGGCUGGGCAAAAAGUUGUGGAGCCAGAGGUGAACACAGCACUCAGGAGCGGCUCUAAAGAUCGACUCAGUGAGAGCUCCACUCACUCUCUGUCAGGACGAGGGUACUCGUGUGACAGCGAGAGUGACAUCGAUGACAAGGCAUCUGAUGUAGGAUCGGAGAAGCUCUUCUCACCUACUGCACCAAAAGAUCCAGUUACGACAACGAAUGAGAAUCUCGGGUCCAAAACUUGCACAUCGACCAAAGUGUCUGGACUUCAGCGUAGCCAGGAACAGAGUAACGACAUUUCGUUUGUCCUGCCGAUCUCAAGUCCGACUCCUGCAUCGCCCCCUACAGGGUCUCCUGCCCCUGCUGCAGCAGCAGCCCCUCUGCCCAGACCACACCCUAUCUCCCCAAACCCUCUCAGUAUCAAGAAGGAAUCUUUGCCCCCUAUUCCGACCCCUCCCCUCCUGAGGAACCAAUCACAUCCACCGGAGCACAGAGUUCCGCCCCCGUCGUACCACAGCCGGCCAAUCAUCAGUCAUCAUCAUCCUUCUCCAUACAGCAGUCUUCACGACAUCAGCAACUGCAACUUAUCUACUCUUCCACCCAAACACCACCUGCGUUACUCCCCUCAUCAUCUCAGCGGCCUUCCGACUCCUGCUCCUCCUCUGCCUCUCUCCAUAGCAGGACUUUCGAACUCCCACUACUCCCUUCACUCACCCUCUCACCUCUCCAGCCAUUCGGCCAUGUUUGCCACCCCUGCCACACUGCCUCCUCCACCUACUCUACCGACUAACAGCCUGGUGGUGCCAGGACAUCCUGCCGGACCACCCUACCCAGAGCAUGAUCUUCUGCGGCAGGAGUUGAACAACCGCUUCCUGGUUCAGAGCUCAGAGCGAGGUCGGGGGACGGCGCCAGGGGCAACAGGGUCGCCACUGGCCCCUGUGUCGCUCCUCCGGGCCGAGUUUCACCAACAUCAGCAUAUGCACCAACACACGCAUCAGCACACCUUCACGCCCUUCCCCGCCAGUCUGCCCCCUGCAGCCAUCAUUGGGCCCACCGCACCUCCCAUGGUGUGUACCCCAGCCAGAAAUUUUGACAAAUAUGCUCCAAAGCUGGACAAUCCUUUCCUGAGACAUUCAAAUUUAAUUCCCUCCUACCCGCCAACAAUGCCAGGCAUGCCUCCAUUGCUUCCACAUUCAGGGCCCUUCAGUUCGCUGCAAGGUGCCUUCCAGCCAAAGGCCUCAAACCCUAUUGAUGUUGCAGGACGACCGGGAACCGUCCCCCACACACUCUUACAAAAGGACCCAAGGAUAACAGAUCCUUUUAGGACAUCAUUAAGAAAGCCAGGUAAAUGGUGUGCAGUACAUGUUCAGAUCGCCUGGCAGAUCUACCAUCAUCAACAGAAGAUGAAACAGAUGCACUUAGACCCUCAUAAACUGGACAUGAAUGGAAAACUAGAUCUCUUUAGCCGUCCACCAGCCCCUGGUGUGUUCCCUGGGUUCCCCUACCCUCAUGAUCUUGCCAGACCACUCUUUUCAUCAACAGGAUCGGGCCAUCCGGCAGCUUCACCGUAUGGACCGUCUCCUCAUCACACUGGCUUCCUGCCUCCCAGCCAUUUGGCAGGUAAGUAUCCUUUCAGUCGCUCCAGUACCUUUGGCGGCCUCAGCAACCUUUCAAGCAGUGCCUUCGGUGGAUUAGGCAACCCAACCCUUGGGGCCAACAGUGUGUUUGGACCCAAAGAUGGUCCAGGGCUGCCUGGUCUUAGUAGUCCCCAUCACGAUACCUGGCAUCGGCUGCACCGGACUCCACCCUCCUUCCCUACCCCUCCACAGUGGCCUAAAUCUAUGGAUGCAGAAAGAAGCAGCUCUGCAAACAGCCAUGACAGGGACAGAGACCGGGAACGAGAGAAAGAUAAAGAACGAGAUAGAGAGAAAAGAGGCUCUUCUGUUGGAAAAGAAGAGAAAGAUAAGGACAGAGAUUCUGUUGACCGUAAUCGUCAUUCAAACCGCUCCUCUCCAGCUUCUGCUCCAGUUAGCUACCAGAUCAGCAGUCUGAUCCGCUCAAACAGUCAGAACUCCACCGACUCAGGCAGACACCGCAGCAGUAGUGCUGACCGCAACAGAGAACCAGAAAAAGAACUGUUGGACCGCCAACGAGAGGCUGCAAUGUUGGGAGACAUAAAGGUGAAGGAAAGUCGCUCUCCAGGCAAAGAGAUCACAGACAGAAGAUCCUCAGAUGACUCCUGCAAGCCCAUUCAGCGAUCGCCCUCUCCAUACUCAAAAAAUGCCCUUAACGGCGGAAUCAAAAUGGGUUUUCCAACACCGCUACCAAUUAAAGACACUGAAAGGGAUCGGAAGGAAACCAGCUCAGGAGAUCUGCAGCACAAAGUAAAGAACGAUAUGAAGAUCAAAGAAGAACGCAAGGAAGAGCAGGAUGUGGUGGUGGUUGGAUCUGAAGCAGCCCCCAAGCCUCAAAUCCCUCCCCCAUCUCAUCAAACCACACCCAUUGCUCAUCACCACCCUCAACUGCCCCAUCAGCCACAUCCACCUUCUCCUCGCUGUAAUGACCCUCCUGCACCUGCCUCGCUACAUGGAGUCCCCAUGCCACAUUCACUCCCCCUCUCUAUGAGUGCCAUGCACCAAAUGGGUAGCCUAAACAUACUAGAACGCACCCGCAUGGCACCCUUUAUGGGUGUCAGCCCUCUCGCAGCAGGACGUGACCGCAUUCCCCACCCAGCGUUCUCCUGGGAUCCUUUACGAGAGGCAUACCGGAAUCUCGACUUGCAACGGCGCAUGGACUUCCAGCUUCGUUCUGAACCUGGACACCGAUUCCCUGGUGUCUACGAUCCAGAAAGGCCUUACCGGGAUCGAGAGCCUCAUGAAUACUCGCACCACGAACACCUUCUGGAAGUUCGCCGUGAACAGGAGCGACAACGGCAACUAGCAGAGGAAAGGGAACGCUUGCAUUUACGGGAGGAACUGGAUCGGGCGAGGCUUCAUCAACUUCACCAAUCACCCAUUGAAGGACACUUACCUCAUAUGCCCCCAUUUAUGUCGCACCUUGGUGGGAUGCCAUACCCGAGGCUAAGCCCUUCAACAGGACAUAAUGGACUUCUUAAUCGAACACCCCCAACGGCAGCACUAAGUGCCCCUCCACCACUGGUACCCUCUGGCGCUGCCAGACCAGCAUCACCAAGACGGACUACGCCAAUCAACACACAAGACCCUCGGGAGUACUCUCCGUCACGCAACCCCAAAGAAGUAGAGGCGCGGUAACCCAUUAUGAAGGAAAACAUUUUGAGUUUGACACCGGCAACAUGCACUUAUUUUCACACAAUGAUAAAUGAUAAAAGAGAUAUGUGUACUUUGUACAAAGAUUUGUACUUUUGAACAAGCACAUCACCAUUAUUUUUUAUUUUUUGGAGUAAAAGUAAAGCGUUGAUUGUUUCACCUCUUCAUAGCUCCAAAAUUAAAAUGUAAUCAUUAACUACCAACCAGAAAUUUGAUAUUAAUAUAUUAAACCAAUGCCUUUUCAGUUUUCAAUUCUGAAAUUAGUUUGUACAUUUCCUAGUCUUUUUCAUGUACAGACAUUUUUAUGUAUUUGCAUUAAGUUUCAUUGGUUCCCUGCCUUGCAUUUAUCCUAGUGAGCUGCUGGAUAUGGAUGUCUGCAUAUCUGAAUUGUUAUGAACUCACUGUUUGACAGUUGAUUUGCUCUGUGAUACCUGGAGAUACACAGUGCUUACCAUGUACAAAGUUACAUUUUGGAGUUUUUUUGUUUGCUUGAUUUUCUUUUGGAAUAUGCAGACAAAUACUGUAUGUAUUACAAUAUUCUUGUUUGUUUUAUGUUAAGUUUAAAGAUAUUGUAAAUAUCUUGUUGAUAAUACUUGGAAUAAAAUUACAUUGUAAAUUUGUUAGGCUUUUUAAAUGUUUCUAAAAAAACAUUGAAAUAAAAUUUAACCACUUCAUGGUUGAAAACCAUUGUGAUGCAGCUGUCCAGUCAGAUGAGAAGAAUCAAAUAGGGGCAGGGUCAAGGUGAUGCAAUCUAUGCAAAGAGGGUAAAGAGAGUUCUGAUUGGACAGUUAUCAAAAUGGAAAGUUUUAAUGAGUUCUAAAAUGAGGACCUGGAUUAUAAAUUUUUUCAAUGAAGAGCCAAUAAAACAAAAACUAUAAACUUCCGGGUCAUAAAGGAACUGCUUUAGCAGCUUAUCCAUCCACAGAAGAUGGACAUCUGAGAGACAUAUUGUAAUGGUUGGGUGGCAAUAGACUCUUUCUGUCGACCUUGUGGUGUUGUGCAGUUGUUUUUCUUAGACUCUUGUAUACAAAACAAGUAGAGCUUUAGGCGUUAAAAAAAAUUUAAAUGAACAUUCAUGGUUUAAAAAUGUAUGGAAUAAAGGUUGGACCUUAUA